AUGAAGAAAAUGAACAUGAAAAAAUUCGAAGAUCCUAAUUUUUGGAUAUAUGAAAAUGUGCUGAGAAAUGUAGCAAAAAAUGCGAGCUUCAAAAUCACGAAGAGCGAACUAAGACGCAAGGCAGGAGAAAAACUGAAUGAAAUUAUUGAGGCCUCUAAAGAAUUCGAUAAAGAAUUGAAAGAAAUAAACUACCAAAAAUGUAUCCCCCUUUGUAACCCACACCAGGGAAGAAAAGUAGAUGUGAAUAAACUACCAGUAAAUCCUUUUAAUGAAAGAAAUAAACUAAUCGAUUUGAAACAAUUUUUAUCCAAAGGUAGUACCGGAAAUGUUGGAAUUGUUUCAGGUAUGAAAAAUAACAGAAUACAAAAAGGUAAUAUAGUAAAAAAGAACGUUUUGCAAAAAAUGGAAGAAAAAAACGUAAUUAAAAGAAACAUGAUUUUUACAAAUAUAAAGAAAACAAAAACAGAGGAAAUUUUCAAAAUUACUUCCUUUUUUAAUGAACAUGCCAAUUAUUAUGAUACACAUUUAAAGGAAAAAUAUAUGAAUGUGUUUUUAAAUUCACUUCAAGAAAAAGGAAAAAAUAAUCUAAUAGAAGAAGACUAUUAUGAUUCCUCUCCCGUUUUAAAUAUACAUAAAUCUAAUAUUAUCGAAAAGAAUUAUGAACAAAAUCCGUGUAUUUCCAUCGCGUCUAAACAUCAACUUGUUGCUAAUCCCCAGGAUAGUAUCCUUCACACUUUGCCAUGUAACAAAUUGGUGAAAAAUAGAACCGAUGCAUCACAAAGAAGCUCUGUCGAUUUUAGAAUUAAUGAUAAUAAUAGGAGUGACAAUAAUGUGGAUAAUAAUAACUCAUUAAAUGAUGAAGUAGAAAUUCCUUUUACAUAUAAUAAGAUGUUUUUUAAAUUCGACAAUAGAGUCCAUUCUUAUGGAAAUUCUACCAAAUAUGUAGAAAAGGCGAUAAGGCAUGAACCAAGAGAGGGGUAUGACCUCGUUCAGGAGAAUUUUUUUCAGUUAAGAAAUUGUGAUACAAGUGAUGAAGGUAAAAAAUGCGUUCCUCUUAACAAAAACUUUGGAAUGGUAGAAAUGAAUUUAAAUGAAGAUGCCGUUGAAUAUGUCAACUCAGAUGAACACUGGGAUAUGUUGAACCUUUGUGAUAAGUCCCAUCAUGGUAGUGGUGAAUUAUUUGAUAAAAAAGUUGUAGAUGUUCCCCCAUCCAUUAGGGGAACAACUAACUUUUUUGCGAAUCAUUCAGAAUAUCAUGCGAAAAAUCUAGAUAUCAAUUUGGCUAGCUCGAUAAGAAAAAUUCCAAAUGAAAAAGUCAUUUCGGUUGAUAAAUCUAAAUCUAAGGGUUCCAAAUUGGAAGAAACCCUAAUUCAAGACAAAAGAAAAAGAACCAUAAAGGAAAAACUGCACGAAAUGAACAAUGAUGGGAAUCCUACUUCUACCAAUUGUAGUAUCUCCAACAAAAUAAACAGUUUCAACAUUUUCGAAAAAAUGAAUAAGACAUCGUUAUACUGUGAUAUACAGCAAUCCCAUGACGAAGGUAUUGGUAAAACAGAUACUAUCUUGUCCAUACUACAAAACCUGAAAGAGAAAAAGAAAAAUUCACAUGUGACGAGCACAGGUUUCAUUGGUUGUGAUAGCGUUCUCUUCUCUCGGAAUGGAAAAAAUGGAACUGAAGAAAGUUCAACUAGUGUGACGUCUGGUGUGGUAUCAGAAAAUGGAAAUAUUAUCUUAGGAAAAGGGAGUGAUAAUAAGAAUGCAAAUGUCGAAACAGAAGCAGAAGAAGCAGAUGAAGAAGAAGGCCUACUUGCACGAGAUGCCAGCGUCGCGCAGGCAAAGUUACAGAGUGAAGGGAAUGAUAAAAACGUGGCCCAAGUUAGUAGAAACAAAAAAAUCAUGAAUAAAGGAAGAGGAGAACCACCCCUCCAUGAGCAAGAAUACAUAGAUAGUAACAACAUAACUGUGUAUUCAUUGAGUCAACAUGUGUGCAUAGAAGAAGAAAAAAUAAUAAACCUGUGCAAAUUCAUUUUGGAUAAUGAAUAUAUUACGAAAUACACGAAACUGGAAAAAGAAGUAGCCGAACUGAUUUGCGAAGAGUUGGGAAUUUUAAAUAGGCUAAAAUAUAGUAAUGUAAAUUUAAAGAAACGUAAUCCAGUUGUAACAAUUUUGGGACAUGUAGAUCAUGGAAAGACAACAUUACUGGAUAGAUUCAGGAAUUCCAAUAUUGCUCAAAAUGAAAUUGGAGGAAUAACACAAAAGUUAGGAGCAUUUGAAGUGUUAGAUAAAGAAACGAAUAAAAAAAUUACAUUCCUUGAUACCCCUGGUCAUUCAGUUUUUAAAAAAAUUCGACAAAGAUGUGCUCAGUGUACAGAUUUGAUAAUAUUAGUUAUUUCUCUGGAUGAUGGAAUUAUGAGUGAAACUAUUGAAUGUAUACAACUAGCCAAAAAAUUUAACAUUCCAUUGAUAAUAGCUGCAAAUAAAAUAGAUAAAUUUGGGUCCAACUUGGAAAAAAUUUCGAAAUCGUUAGUAGCAUAUGACAUCAUAACAGAAUUGGAAGAGAAUGGUCAAGUACCUAUAGUACCCAUAUCAGCAAAGGAAAAUAUAAAUAUUGACAAAUUACAGAAAUGUAUUCUGCAUCUAAGUGAUUCACUAAAUUUAAUGUCCGAUUAUGGAAGUUUAUGUUCAGCAUACGUAUUAGAAAAGAAGAUACAUCCAUCCAAAGGAAAGCUCCUCACAGUGAUAUGUAAAUCAGGAACUUUAAAAGUAAAUUCCUAUAUCUUAAUUGGACAUGUGUAUACAAAGAUUAAACAGAUAUACGAUUGUAAUGAUAAGUUAAUCAAAGAAGCUUUUCCCUCCGAAGUGGUUCAAAUCGUUAGUCCAAUUUCCUUAUCUCAAGAUAGUAAUAUAAAUUAUGGGGAUCUAAUUUUUGAAAUGAGCAGCUUGAAGAGUGCACAAAAAAUUGCCAAGUAUAAGUUGAAAGUGGAACAGUAUAAUCUCAUGAAUAGUUAUUAUGAGGAAAAUCAGAAAGGAGAAAAUAAAAAGGAAAAGAAGAACAAAAUUAUGCAACCAGAUGGGUCGAGUACUUGCCCGAGGGAUAUCCAUUUGAAAUCCUCUACCACGGAAAAACAGAGAGAAAACAAAAUAACUCAAGAUAAAACGAAGAACAUCAAAAUAGUGACAGAAAAUGAUGUAGUAACAGAAAUAAAGUUACCACAAAUUCAGCUAAUAAUCAAGGCAUGUGAUGAAGGAAGUAUAGAGGCAAUAAUUGAAGGAAUUAAUGAAUAUAAUAAAAAAGGAAAAAAGGAGAAAUAUUGCGACAUUAAUAAUUUUAUUGAUAGGAAUUAUGUAAAGAAAAAUAGCUUAACAGGUGAUAUCCGAGAAGAUGAUAAAAUUUUCAAAAAAUGGGAACCAUUUAGAAUUAUAACCAAAGGAGUUGGAUCUUUUAACAUGAACGAUUUGAAAUAUUGUAAUGAUAUGAAACCAAUAUUUUUAAUUGCUUUUAAUAUAGACAUAGAUCGACAUAUACAGUAUAGUAUAGAAAAUAAUGGAGCUAUUUUAAGGACACAUAAUAUUAUAUAUAAAUUAUUUGAAGACAUUGAACAUAUUUGCAAUUUUUAUUUCGAUUCUUUGCAUCUAUAUGAACCUGUUUCCAAAAUGGUUGUUAAUAAAACUGGGUAUUAUACAAUAAAGAAAAAUAAAACAAAAAAAAAAAGAGUCCUAUCCGUGUCAAUUAAAGAGGGGUCUUGCAAUAUGAAAAAUUAUUUCACCGUUAGUAGAAAUAAAAAUAUUAUUCAUAAAAGACUUACCGUUCUGUCUAUGCAAAAAAAUAAGCAGAGUACUACUGAACUAGCCAAAGAUUGCACUAUCAAUUCUAUCAUUUUUAACACUCCAUCAGACGAUUUCGAAGUCGGAGAUGAAAUAGUUGCCUACAAAAAGGUGGAUCGCGCGCCGCUUUUCAACCGAGUGAAAACGUUUGACUUGUCCUCCUGA